CGACUUGAUCAGAACCUCACAUCGUCUCGGACAAAGAUGCAGCCAAGCCCGGUGCUCUAAGCGUUUAUUCAUCGGAGGGCAGAAGGACGCGGAGACAGGUUUAAGUUCCGCGGUUUGGUUUGACGCACUCUCCAGAGCGCACCGCCACCAUGCCGUUUACGCGCGGCGCGCUGUUGCUGCUGCUGGCGGCUCUCUCCUCCAACUUAGACCUGACAGGGGCUGAGGGUUGUGGAACUUCUUGUGGAAAAUGUGACUGCAGCGGUGUCAAAGGAGCAAAGGGUGAGCGUGGAUUUCCUGGUCUUCAAGGUAACAUGGGAUUCCCAGGGAUGCAGGGACAUGAGGGACCACCUGGGCCAAUGGGCCCAAAGGGAGACCUAGGUUCACCUGGAGCUCCUGGACUGAAAGGAGUGCGAGGGCCUCAUGGUCUGCCAGGUAUGCCCGGAAACCCAGGACUCCCAGGCAUCAACGGAAACGAUGGUCCACCGGGUUCGCCUGGUAUCCCAGGAUGCAACGGGACCAAAGGUGAAAGAGGAAGAGAUGGCUCUCCUGGUUUUCCUGGACUUCAAGGUCCUCCUGGAAUACCAGGAUAUCCCGGAAUGAAAGGAGACCCUGGUGGUGUGAUGGGGAUCAUUCCCACUAAAGGGGACCGAGGACUUCCUGGCCUACCUGGAUUACCUGGAUCCUCUGGUCUCCAGGGACCUAGUGGACCUGCAGGACCCAGAGGAUAUCCAGGACCCAAAGGAGACAUUGGGCUCCCCGGUCCGCCAGGAGAAAAGGGUGACAAGUUGUCCUUUGUGAGUGCAAAGGGAGAAAAGGGUGACCAAGGACUUCGAGGUCCACCUGGUCCCCCAGGACUUCCUCAGGGAGUAGAAGGACAGACCACAGUGCUCGUACCUGGACCACAGGGGUACCCAGGACCUCCAGGGGAUAAAGGAGAGAAAGGUUUUUGCUUGCCAUACCAAAUUGGGGUCAAAGGUGAACUUGGCCCACCUGGACCAAGAGGCAAACCUGGAAAAGAUGGUCAGGAUGGACUUAAGGGAGAGAGAGGUUUCCCCGGAGCUCCUGGAUUUCCGGGUUCAGAUGGUGUAAAAGGAGAAAGAGGACCUCCUGGUUAUGGCAGCGGUCCACCCGGUCCUCCCGGCCCCCGCGGCUCCCCAGGUUCACCAGGACAAAAAGGUUUCAUUGGUCCUCAGGGAGAGGCUGGUCCACCAGGCCGCCACGUCGAAGGACCUCGUGGCGAGAAGGGUCUAAAAGGAGAAGUGGGGGAGAAGGGUGACCGAGGCAUUGAUGGGGAGCCUCUUCCUGGACCACCAGGAAAACAGGGACCCAUCGGACCACCUGGGCCACCGGGACCAUCCAUUGACCCUAAAGAAUGUAACGUUGCUAAGGGAGCUCCUGGCGCACCUGGACUUCCAGGGUUACCAGGAGAAGAUGGGCAAAAAGGUGACCGAGGUGAUGCCUGUAUCACUUGUGAGGGCUCAGGUCCGCCUGGACCCCAGGGCAUUAAAGGAGCGCAAGGUCCUCCUGGUCCAGCUGGCAGCAAAGGACAAAAGGGUAAUUCUGGCUUUCCUGGAGAACCUGGAGCACCCGGAUUUCCAGGAACUGCUGGACUCAUGGGAGCACCCGGCGCUGUAGGAGACCCAGGAGACAUUUUCAUAGCUCCGGGUUAUAAGGGGGAGAAAGGUCUUCCAGGCUUUCCUGGUUUACAAGGAAGUCAAGGACUGGAUGGACUGCCAGGAAGAGAUGGCCUCCCGGGUCUACAGGGUCCUAAAGGAGAACCUGCCAAAGAAGGCAUUAAAGGUGACCGUGGACUAGAUGGAGAUCCCGGACAUUCGGGACCACCAGGAGAAAGGGGUCCUCCUGGUUUACCAGGGUUUAGCCUUCCAGGAGAUCCGGGGGAGAAAGGCAGUCAGGGGAGACCAGGAACUCCAGGAUCUCCUGGUCCACCUGGAGUAAAAGGUGAGCCGGGUGUUGGUGUUAGUACUCCUGGACCUCAGGGGGUACCUGGACCACGAGGAGAAACGGGUGUACCUGGGCUCCAAGGUGACAGAGGUGUCCCAGGAAACCCUGGCUUGCCAGGUUUCCCUGGAGAGAAGGGUCAACAUGGAGCUCCAGGAAUUGGAUUACCUGGCCCAACAGGUUCUAAAGGUGUUAGUGGAAUUCCUGGAAACACUGGAAUCCCUGGAGAGCCAGGAAGACCAGGACAGGAUGGUUUACCUGGGAAAGCUGGUCCACCUGGACAAAAAGGUGAACCUGGACGAGGUCUUCCAGGCCCAAAAGGUACACAAGGCCUCCAGGGAGUUACAGGUUUCCCAGGAGAGAAAGGUAACAUUGGACUCCCUGGUGUUCCUGGACCAGAAGGACCGACAGGAGCACCAGGACCUCAGGGUCUUAAAGGUGACAUUGGACCUCCAGGGCGCCCUGGACAAACCGGUCAACCAGGUGCUCCUGGAAAAGGGUUGCCUGGACCUCCUGGAGCACAAGGACCACCUGGAGAGCCCGGACCUUAUGGUAGGGAAGGUUUGAAGGGAGAAAAAGGUUAUCCAGGACUUCCUGGUCUCGAUAUGCCCGGGCCUCAAGGAGAGAAAGGAAGCUCGGGGUUCCAAGGAGUGCCAGGUGCUAAAGGACUGCCAGGGUCACCAGGCUUACCAGGCAGAGAUGGACAAUUUGGGAGCCAAGGUCCAAAGGGUGAAAUGGGCAUCAUGGGAACACCAGGAACCCCAGGAUAUCCUGGACCAACAGGAACGCCUGGAUCUCCUGGUUUGAGAGGUGAUCCUGGUAUUACCGGACCAAGAGGAGCUGUUGGGGAAACAGGCCCUAAAGGUGACAGGGGAGAAGACGGUCUUCCAGGACCUCCCGGGAAUUUGACCAAGGUUGAUAUGGAACAUUUAAAGGGGCAAAAAGGAGAUGUUGGAGACCCAGGCCAACGUGGUGACACUGGACUGAAAGGCCACAUUGGAGUCCAGGGAGAUCCUGGGAUGCCUGGCAGUGAUGGGGCACCAGGAACACCUGGAAAACCAGGUGACAAAGGAAGUACUGGUGAUCCUGGAGAGCCUGGCAUCAUCGGACAACCUGGGCAGAAAGGCAGCUCGGGAGAGAUGGGAAUACCAGGUCCGGUUGGUCCUAAAGGUACAAAAGGAGAUUUUGGUACACCGGGUCAUCCUGGAUUAAGAGGCGCCGAUGGUGUUAAGGGUGACAGGGGACUACCUGGUGAACCAGGCAUCGGUCUUCCUGGACAACCAGGACAAAAGGGUCAGGUUGGCCAGCCAGGGUUUCCAGGGUUACGUGGAGACAAGGGUGAGCAGGGUCAAGAGGGAAUGCCAGGUAAACCUGGACUUCAAGGACUCAAAGGAGACAAAGGAAGCAUCGGGCACUCAGGUCAGCCAGGUAGACCCGGAGACAAAGGCUAUCCUGGACUCCCGGGAUCUGCAGGGGAGCCGGGUCAAGAUGGCCGCCCUGGUGAAGGUGGCAUGCAGGGACCUCCUGGUCCUCGUGGAGACAAGGGUGAUCCUGGAGAAGAUGGCAUCCCCGGAUCCACUGGCGAGAGAGGAGAACCAGGUUCUCCUGGUGUGGGUCUGCCUGGAACACCUGGAGUACAUGGUGUCAAAGGUGAUAAAGGUAGUCCAGGCUUACCUGGCAUGUCAGGCCAACCAGGUAUUCCUGGUACCAGAGGAGAUAAGGGUCUUCCAGGUCCAGAAGGACUCCAGGGGGAGCCAGGAGAGCCAGGUCCUCAAGGCAUUUCUCUAGAAGGGCCUAAAGGAGAGAGGGGAGAGACAGGGCCAGUUGGUGAAACAGGUUCCCCAGGAGAACCAGGACCUGUUGGUGUGCCUGGCAGAGAUGGCCUCAAAGGAGGCAAAGGUGAUUCUGGUCUGCCUGGUUUUCAGGGAGAGAUGGGACGCAAGGGUGACCCUGGAUUUCCUGGAAUUUCUGGUCCACCUGGUCUCCCAGGUAUUGAUGGCCAGAAGGGAGAAAGAGGAUUACAGGGUGUUCCUGGAUUCCCAGGCACAAAGGGUGUUGUUGGCGAUGGUGGAUUCAAAGGAGAAUUGGGCGACAGAGGAUUCCCUGGAGAAAAAGGUAACGAAGGCCCCCCUGGUCCGCCUGGCUCUCAGAUCUUUAUAAAAGGAGAAGCUGGAUUCCCAGGGAUUCAGGGCUUUCCGGGCCCCCAGGGGCCAUCUGGUCUCCCUGGGCAGAAAGGACAGCAAGGUAUGACAGGUAUUCCAGGUCCAAAAGGUGACCAUGGUCUCCCUGGAUUUAACGGUCAGCCAGGUGCCAAAGGAGAGCCUGGUUUUCCUGGUCCACAAGGGCCCAGAGGAGAUAGUGGUCCCCCAGGACCUGAUGGGGUUCCAGGUCAAGUUGGCCCACCUGGUCCAGCGUCGAUGGAACAUGGCUUCCUGGUGACACGCCACAGCCAGACGGUGGACAUUCCUUCAUGUCCGUACGGGACGAGAAUCAUUUACGAUGGCUAUUCUUUACUUUAUGUUCAAGGAAACGAACGCUCCCAUGGACAAGACUUAGGUACGGCAGGAAGCUGUUUGAGAAAGUUCAGCCCCAUGCCCUUCCUGUUCUGUAACAUCAACAAUGUGUGCAACUUUGCAUCCCGUAAUGAUUAUUCCUACUGGCUCACCUCACCGGAGCCGAUGCCCAUGAGCAUGGCACCUAUCACCGGGAAUAGCAUCAAACCCUUCAUCAGCAGGUGUGUUGUGUGUGAAGCUCCAGCGAUGGUGAUAGCUGUUCACAGUCAGACCAUCAUGAUCCCACCAUGUCCUGAAGGCUGGAACUCUCUCUGGAUUGGCUACUCCUUUGUAAUGCACACAAGUGCAGGUGCUGAGGGUUCGGGCCAGGCCUUGGCCUCUCCUGGGUCCUGUCUGGAGGAAUUCCGCAGUGCUCCGUUCAUUGAGUGUCAUGGCCGAGGAACUUGCAACUACUACGCCAACUCCUACAGCUUCUGGCUCGCCACCAUUGAAGACGAUGAUAUGUUCAAGAAACCUGUUCCGACAACGCUAAAAGCUGGCAGUCUCCAAACACACAUAAGCCGUUGUCAGGUGUGCAUGAAGAGGACAUAAAGGCCCCUAAAGACAUGUGUCAGCAUCCUGAGCUCGGCCUUACUCCCUGUUUUGAUGGUGCUACGUCCCUGCCUGGCAUGUGUGAACAGAGAGAAGCAGGAGAAGCUAAACCAAGCCAAGAUAUUAAACUUUACAAACCAAAACACAGAGACCAAAGGGCCUUUUUGCUCCGAGCUGAAACAACAGGAAAAAGAAUGGCGCCCAGUUUCCCACUGCACUGAGUUCAAGCCCCUGAAACUGGUUAACUGGUGUUCAUUUUCUAAGGGUUGUUUGUGGAAGUCAGGUGCUAUUGAAAUGUAAUUGUCUGCCUUUUGCCUUCUGUUUUUUUUUUGUUUACUUUUCCUUCUCUCCCACUGACACCCAGUUCAAACAUUUAAGUUCACAUUAUUAUAAAUAUAACUUGUUCAAACCUACUAAUGAAAAGGAUGGGACUCACCACUUCUUCCGUUUCACCUCCGCGUUGCAGACACAGUUAUGUACUCUGUUGUAAAUACAAAUCAUUCCUCUUUAACAUAGUUAAACAUACUCUCCUCAGGUUAUUACUGUAUCCUGUUUGUGUGUUAUUAAGCCCAUUUUCUUUUAUUUAUAAAAGUUUAUUAUAAGAAUAUGUUGUUUAUCUGAAAUUCCAUGUAUCAAAAAACAAACGCUAAAUGUCUGAAUACCACAGAAGCAGAAAGAAACAGCACUGAAAUGGACAAGUGAUGCGUGUGCGCAUGUGUGUGUGUGUGUGUGUGUGUGCAGAUUAUUCGAAUGUGAAUGGUUUUGAAAUUGUGUGUGGGUUGUAAUGUCUCCAUAGAUACAGUUGCACGCCCUUGUUGCCUUGUCUAAAACCCAAAAAUGAACCAAAAAGACAAUCUUUUCCUCACUUAUUUUUUAACCCUAUAAGAUGCACAUGUACUGAAUGCUUACAUCUACCUGCAGGAUUCCUUGUGUGCAUGACAGAUCCAGUUUGUAAACUUUACUUUUUAAAAUCUUUAUACUGAAUUACAUUGGCCAUCAAGACUACCCUAGAGUAUUAAGAUGUCAAGGUUGCACAUUUAGAUAAAACACAUUCAGUGUAUUUAGGGUUUAAAGCCAACUUGGCUUCAUUGUCACCUUUUGAGCAAUUAUGUCAAAAUCUAGCAUUUGGAAGCAAGCAAUAAACAAAUAGAUUAUAUAAUUUUC